UAUAAAGUAAAUCUAGAACUGCUCUUGCAGGAGCCCAGCUCGGGAGCUUAUAGCAAAAAGGAUGCCAUUUCCGUGGAAGAACUUUGGCUGCCGCAAAAAGUCGAUCAUUUCGAUGCACUCAACAAUCAGACCUGGCAAAUGCGCUAUUAUCGCAAUGGCAAAUAUCAUAGAAAUCGUGGACCCAUCUUUAUAUUUGUGGGCGGUGAAUGGAGCAUAAGUCCGGGAUUUCUGGUCACUGGUCUCACCCACGACAUGGCUGUGGAAAAUGCGGGCAUGCUGUUCUACACGGAACAUCGUUAUUAUGGCCCAAGUUUGCCCCAUGGAGAGCAGAGCUUUCAGCUGGAUCAACUACAGCAUUUGAGCAUCUAUCAGUCCCUGGCUGAUUUGGCUCACUUUAUACGCUUUCAAAAGAAGGAGAAUCCUCGCUUGAGACAGUCAAAAGUCAUAUUGGUGGGUGGCUCCUACUCUGGCAGCAUGGUGGCCUGGAUGACACAAUUAUAUCCAGAUUUGAUAGCCGCAAGUUGGGCCUCAAGUGCGCCAUUGCUGGCCAAAGCGGAUUUUUAUGAGUACAUGGAAGUGGUUAGUCAUUCGAUUCGCCUAAGCUAUGGCCAGAAUUGUUCGACAAGAAUACAGAAAGGUUUUCAUCAUUUGGCUAAAUUGUUUGAUGAAAAUCAUAUAUUGGAAUUACUGCAAAAACUGAAUAGCUGUGAGGACUACGAGCCCAACGAUCCACUGGAUAGAGCUGCGUUCUUCAAUGGGCUGGGCAACUAUUUUGCAUUGAUUGUGCAGAGUUACAGUUCAAAUAUUCCACAACUUUGUGAGACUUUACUGUCUUUGAAUGCCAAUGAUGAGGAGGCAUUUGAGGGCUUCCUGGAACUACUCUUUGCGGAGGGCAAACGUUCUUCAGAUUGCCAGGACUUUAGCUAUAAGGCCAUGCUGCAGCUAUUCAGCGAUCCCAUAUCAGGCAUUCGUGCCUGGUUCCAUCAGACAUGCAAUGAAUUUGGUUGGUACACCACCACAGAGAGAAUCAAUAAAUCAUCUACCUCUUCGAGUGCUCCUACCUUUGCCAAUCAAGUGCCUUUGUCCUACUACGAGCGCCUCUGUUUGGAUGCAUUUGGUCCAGAGCAGACACCGGAACGUCUAGCCCUGGGCAUUGAGCAGACCAACAAUCACUUUGGCGGCUUUCAGUUCAAUCAGAGUGAGCGUUAUGCCGAGGUGUUUUUUACGCACGGCCAGCUGGAUCCAUGGCGCUCGUUGGGCAAGCAAAAAGGCAAUCAGGCCAUUGUCUUGAGGGGCUACUCCCAUUGCGAGGACCUGGGCGGCAUACAGGUGCGGGACAGCGUGCAAAUGAAUCUGGCCAAGCUGCGUGUAAUGUCCUUUCUGCGUCGUCACAUCUAA